UAAACUGUAAGGUAAUGAAAGUCCUGUAACAUGAUGUAGGAUGUUCUUUAGUUUAGUUUGGGAGUUCAGACAGCACGGCACACUCUCUCAAUAACAUUUACAGCAUUCAUAUUUAAGCUGUUAACCUGCACCCCAUAAUUAAAACAUAAGCUCACUGUAAAUCAUUUGAGAGCGUGAGCAUGGGGCUUGUGGGUGGGAGCUGUGUGUGUGUGUGUGUGUGUGUGUGAAUCAUACUGUGUGGGUCUUAGUGUGUCAGUGUGACGUCAGAGGGUACAAAGUGUACUGCUGACAGUUUCAUGGACUGGAUAGAGACUGAAUGGUUUCCCUAGUGACAGUCAUCAGGUGUGAUGGCCAAUGGUUCACGUUCCCCACUGCCAUAACACGUGACAUGCACUUGUUUAUUCACAUGUUAAGUGAACACUGGUGAGUAAACGCCCCACAUUUGCCCUAUGAUGGGCCUGGGUUAAGCAGACUGACGGAAGAUUUCUUUGGAAGUGCAUCUUGAUUUUGUCGAAUCCAGAAAGCAGUUAUAAUAAAGCAAAUGGUGCCAGGGUGUUAGACAUUGCCUGCUACAUAGGCGGUUCUUGACACCCCCCCCCUCAGAGCCUGCACUUUUAUGGCUUGGGAGACUGGACAGGUGUAGACUGAUGGAGCUCUGAUUAUGAGCAAAUCAUAAGAGAGAGAGAGCGCGCGCGCGCGAGAGAGAGAGAGAGAGAGGGAGAGAGAUUUAGCUUUCUAUAGUAUAGCUUAACAGACAGGUGAGAAUUAAAAGACGACGAUCUACGUUCUUUUAUAUCGUUGGCAAAAGAGGUAUUGUGUGUUUUAUUUCUUUGCAUAAGUGUCGUGUAAUGUUAAACGCAUAUGCGCGUGCACGAGGCUAGUAAACCAUGGCGAUGUUUUCUAUGGCGUUUCAUAUACUGGCUGUUUAGAGUAGAGCAGGAUCCGUGCAGAAUAAUGCGUUGCAUGGGUUCAUUUUGAAACAAGAUCUUUAUCUCGUUUUUUGUUUGUUUGUUUUUUUGGGGUUUUUUUUUUUUUUUUGCAUCAUUUUGCCUUUCACGCAAUUGAGAAACCAUGUUUGUGUUUAACGCGCAGUCACGAGCCACUCCGAUUAAAAGCGAGCGCGUGCACUUUAGACGUCGGGCUGAAAUUAAAUAAUGCGCAAUAUAAUCACAACAUAAUCUUGAAUAUGAAACGAUAGAGAAUGCAUAGAGAAUUUUAAGCUAUGCUUUUACAUGCCUUUAUUUUUAUUUUAUUAUUAUUUUUUUUAUUUUAGAUGUUGUUUAGAUGUUUAGUCCUGGUCAGUGAAAUAAAUAAAUAGCGCAACAGGUGAGACAUACAGCAUGCUGGAGCUUAAAUGUGCCAGAAUUCAGUGAAUGCAUGCACAUAGAAACGUGUUUAGCCCUGAUGCAGUUAUGCUGUGGGUCUUUACAGCCACACAGCCACACGUUAUCUCUGGUAUCUAAGCAAUAAGUUGAUAACGUGAUGCAGCAACGAUUUAAGUGGCUUUUCUGAAUGGUGUUCAAGUGGACCCUAUGUCUGUGUGUGCACACAAAUGUUGCUGGAAAUAAUGUCCAUCCAUCCAUUUUCUAUACCACUUAUCCUACAGGGUCACGUGGAACCUGGAGCCUAUCCCAGGGAGCAUCGUGCACAAGGAGGGGUCCCUGGAUGCUUUAACUUGGAAGUGUUUGACUCUGUGUACACGACAGGAGGGUGUUGAAUUCUGUUCAGUUUUUCCAUAGCACUAAAUGCCCUUCCUGUCCUCAUAGUAACCAUGACAACUGGACUAUCAAUUGGGUUAUUUUAAUUGUACAUUGCCAAAAGGACUGAUCAGUGGACCAUGGCAAAGGAUUAGAGCCAACUCUUCAAACAUGGACUGAUAUAUCUUGGUAGCAUAUGCUAUGUCUGUAUGUAAUGCCAGCUCUCUGGAACAAUGUGGACUGCUUGGACCAGCAGAGCCUGAGCUGCAGAAGGUUGAAAUUAGUUUAAUUCCUGUCGUGAUUAGGGUGGCUUUGGCUGCCAUCAUGAUCUUCAUGAUCACCAUUGGUUUCUUGGGCAAUUCAGUAGUGUGUUUGAUCGUCUAUCAGAAGCCAGCAAUGCGAUCAGCUAUCAACCUGCUUCUAGCCACGCUAGCCUUCUCAGACAUCAUGCUCUCUCUGCUGUGUAUGCCUUUCACCGCUGUGACUGUGGCCUCCACGGACUGGAGUUUCGGAGUAGGAUUCUGCCGAGCCUCUGUCAUGCUUUACUGGUUCUUUGUCCUGGAGGGUGUCUCCAUCCUGCUCAUCAUCAGCGUGGAUCGCUUUCUCAUCAUCGUGCAGAGGCAGGACAAGUUAACACCACAUCGUGCCAAAGUUCUGAUCGCAGCCUCAUGGGCUUUGUCCUUCUGUGUGGCACUUCCAUCAGUUGUAAGCUGGAGGGCUGGGAUCAUCGUGGAGCGGGUGCCCCAGUGUAUCCUGGGAUAUAGUGACUCACUGGCAGAACGGGGUUACAUGGUGCUGUUAGCAGUGGCAGUUUUCUUUGUUCCAUUUAGUGUCAUGCUGUACUCCUACAUGUGCAUUCUGAACACAGUGCGGAGAAAUGCACUGCGCAUUCACACCCAUGUUGCUGAAGACUGCGCAGGGCUCAAGCUGGGUCUUACGGGUCUGCAGCGCCCCCCACAGGUCAACGUGGACAUGAGCUUCAAAACCAGGGCCUUCACCACCAUCCUGAUCCUCUUUAUUGGCUUCUCUGUGUGCUGGCUGCCUCAUACAGUGGUGAGCCUAUUGGCUGUUUUCAGUCGCCGCUUCUACUUCAGUCCAGCAUUUUAUCCAGUCAGCAUAGGGGCUCUGUGGCUCAGUUACCUAAAGGCCGUAUUUAACCCCGUCAUCUACUGCUGGAGGAUCCGCAAAUUUCGUGAAGCCUGUUUAGAUUUCAUGCCCAAGACUUGCAGGCUCUACCCCAAGGUCCCGGGUCGAAGUCACAGGCGCAUAAGACCCAGCAAUAUUUAUAUCUGUAGCACUGAGACCCAGUCUGCAGUUUAGCAUUUGAAUUUGGAAAUUGAAAUGCGGUUACACUUUAAUUUAUUCACAGUCCAUCUGAAACAUAAAACUUGCAUUCCCUGACCAACACCUGCAAGCGAUACAAUGAGAAUUUCAACACAUUUUUUCAACAACACAGAUACCAGUUAUUGCAUCCUUUACAGUUACUGGUGAGGAUUAUUUAAUGUGUACAUUUCAGCUGGAGGAAAAAGCACCCAUACUAUUUAGCAAAUAAAACCCCAUGUUGUAAUUUGACCUAACACAGAAACACAUCAUGGACAAGCAAAUUUUGUUAAAUUAUUUGUCACAGUUCAUCAGUGCAAUACAAGCAAAGGGAAGCCACCAUUUUUUUGGGGUUUUUUCUGCUACAUGCUACAUGUUUAGAAAGAAUCACAGCAAUUUAAAACCAUGGAUAUUGGCAAAGAAAGCAGCUGUUGUGAAUUUUCUGAAUUGAAAUACUGCAAUAAAAUAAUGCAAUAAUGCAAAAAUGCCUCAUGAUUAAGCCUAUAUUGCAAAGGUUAUACAUGAUGUCAUGGUUCUCAAAGUGCAAGGGAAUUACAUGCAAUUUCGAUUUUUAUAGAAAGCAUGCUGGAACAGAAAUAGGCAAUGAGUACAUAAAGAUUCUUUCUUUCUUGGUGUCAUCC